CUUUCGCACGCCUAGACACAACGCCGCACCGCAGCCAUGGCGAUCCAAAAGAAGCACGGUAAAGGUCGUCUCGACAAAUGGUACAAACUUGCAAAGGAAAAGGGCUACCGUGCUCGUGCCGCCUUCAAGUUGAUCCAGUUGAACAAGAAGUACAACUUUUUGGAGAAGAGCAAGGUCCUGAUCGAUCUGUGCGCUGCGCCUGGAUCAUGGUGUCAAGUCGCUUCCGAGGUCAUGCCUCCGGGUUCCCUCAUUGUCGGUGUCGACCUUGCCCCGAUCAAGCCUAUUCCGCGAUGCAUCACCUUCCAGAGCGAUAUCACAACGGACAAAUGCCGCGCGACCCUGCGCCAGCACCUCAAGCACCUGAAGGCGGACGCAGUUCUUCACGACGGUGCACCAAACGUUGGUACCGCCUGGGUACAGGACGCCUUCACCCAGGCUGAACUAGUCCUGCAAUCCAUGAAGCUGGCGACAGAGUUUCUAGCUGAGGGCGGCACUUUUGUCACCAAGAUUUUCCGUUCCAAGGACUACAACUCGCUGCUCUGGGUUUUCAAUCAGCUGUUCACAAAGGUCGAAGCCACCAAGCCGCCCUCGAGUCGAAAUGUCUCCGCAGAAAUUUUCGUCGUCUGCCGCGGCUUCAAAGCCCCCAAGAACCUCGAUCCCAAGUUUCUAGACGCCCGCAGCGUGUUUGCAGAGCUUGCGGACGCCAUACCAAACAACGAGGCCAAAGUUUUCAACCCCGAGAAGAAGAAGCGAAAGCGUGAAGGUUACGAAGAAGGUGACUGGACGCAGUUCAAAGAGGUGCCCGUGUCGGACUUCAUUCAAACCACCGAUCCCAUUGCUAUGCUCGGCAGCCUGAACAAACUCAGCUUCGAGCAGAAACCGAACGGUGAUAUCGCUGUUGCUACCAUCGACAAGCUCCCAGAAACCACAAAGGAAAUAAGGGACUGCUGUGCGGAUCUGAAGGUUUUGGGACGAGCCGACUUCAAGCGCCUUCUUCGCUGGCGAUUGAAGGUGCGAGACAUCUUUGGAUUUUCAGCCAAGAAGAAGGACGAGGAAGCCAAAGUGGUGAAAGAGGCGCAAGAAGGCGAAGAGGUUGCAGAGAUCGAGUCCAUGGAUGAGGAGAUGCAGAUCCAGGAGGAACUGGAAAGACUGAAAGACAAGGACUCAAAGUCAAGGAAGAAGCAGCGGCGAGCCGAGAACGAGCGAAAGCAGAAAGAAAUUGUUCGGAUGCAGAUGAACAUGGCAACGCCUUUCGAAAUCGGCCUAGAACAAGCAGGCCCGACCGGUGAAGACUCAAUGUUUGCGCUCAAUGCCGUCGACAAGGCGGGUGCAUUGUCGCGAAUCGCCAAGGGCAAGAUGGCACAACUUAUCGAGCGCGAGAAGGAAGAAUCGAGUGAAGAGGAGCAAUUCACAGACGAUGAAGAAGAUCAACUGGAGCGAGACCUCGAUAACAUGUACGGCGAGUAUGUGGAACAGAGGUCCGCUCGAGACGCUAAAUACCGUGCCAAGCGGGCCAGGGGAGAAGAUGAGGACGGAGAGUGGGCUGGCUUCUCCGACCGCGAGAGGGAUUUGAGCGACGAUGAAGAGCUGGUACAGGAUGCAGACAGCGAUUGGAGCGAUGAUGAGGAAGGGCCCAAGACUUUGAUCACCGACCUUGACAACGAAGGCGAGCCGAAACAAGGUCUCACGAGGCGCGCAGCACGAUUCUUCGACCAGGAUAUUUUCAAGGGCAUCGAUGGACUGGAAGAGCUGGAAGAAGACGAAGACAGCGGCAUCGACGUGGAAAACGGUGGUGAGGUCAAGGGCGAGGCAAUGGAGACAGAUUUACCUGUUCGGGCUGCUAAGAGAAGCUCACCACCACAAGGCGCUUUCGACGAGGAUUCGUCAGACGACGAGAAUAAGAUUGAGGAGGUCAAGCGCGACGAAACUCAAUGGGAGCAAGACUCAAUGCCCAUGAAGAACGGCAAACCCGACAUCGACAUCAUCACCGCAGAAGCCAUGACGCUCGCCCACCAAAUGGCCACCGGUCAAAAAACAAAACACGACCUCCUCGACGACUCCUUUAACCGCUAUUCGCUCCGUGACGUCGAUGGCCUACCAGACUGGUUCCUCGACGACGAAAAUCGCCACUCCAAAAUGCAGCGCCCCGUCACCGCCGCGGCCGCAUCAGCCAUCAAAGAAAAGCUACGCGCAUUGAACGCACGACCGAUCAAGAAGGUUCGAGAGGCCCAGGCGAGGAAGAAGUUCAAGGCUGCGCAACGACUCGAGAAAUUGAAGAAGAAGAGCGCGAUAUUGGCAGACGAGGAGGGUAUGACAGAGAAGGAGAAGGCGCAGAGUAUUGCAAGGUUGAUGAGUAGGGCGGCGAAGAAGAAGCCUAAGCAGAAGGUCUCGGUUGUUGUUGCGCGUGGUGGUAACAAGGGUAUCAAGAGUAGGCCCAAGGGCACGAAAGGAAAGUACAAGAUGGUGGAUGCUAGGUUGAAGAAGGAUGUCAGGGGUGAGAAGCGCGCUGCGAAGAAGAACAAGAAAAGGUAGAGGUAGAGGUAGUCGAACGAUGUUUUGGUGUUCCUUUCAAGCAGUUGUCUCACAUGUGAUUGUGCGGUUCAUUAUAUUGUAAGUGUUCACCCACGUCAUCUACGCAACGCCACGUCGUACACGACCUCGGGACUACAGCCGUUAUCUCAUUAUGUCUCAUGCAGCAUCUGGUGUAGCUAAAAGCGCAUAUUUGCCCAGGUCUAGGAGCGGACAUGAAUGCUGUAUGGAAUAGAGAGAGGUGUUUUUUAUCGGGGGCUGCUACCCAAUUUGCGUCGACAUGGUGUUAUGAAGAAGACUUGGAGGACGAGGAGGGUAUGCAAGUCAUUGUUUUCUAUGGAGCUCAAGGGCUUGCAUCAGUGCUUCCCGUAUCCUCUGAUUUGCAGCUCCUGGAUAGUAAGGGUAUACAUCAUCUUCAAAGGACUUCCCUUCCUGCCUUUGGCGCCGUUCAUUACUUGCG